GCGGGAGGAAGGAGGUGCAUUCGGCCGGGCAGGCUCCGGGGGGGGGGGGAGCCCAGCCAGCUGGGGGCUGCACCCGCGGGGCUGGGCGAGGUCGCGGAGGAGGCCGCUCGCUGCGGCGGGUGCCCGGGCCGAGAACAGUCCACCUGCCGAGGAGGGCUCCGUGCAGCCAUGGGCUACCAGGGGCAGCGACCUGCCGUCCCGCCGCAGAGUGAUCUAGAUGACAAAGAAACCCUCGUUUCUGAACAGAGGCGCGGAGGGAAAACCUGGCGUCUGUCUGCCGCCGUUUUUAAUGUUGUCAACUCGAUUAUAGGGUCUGGUAUAAUAGGAUUGCCGUAUUCAAUGAAGCAAGCCGGCUUUCCUCUGGGAAUAUUGCUUUUAUGCUGGGUUGCAUAUGUUACAGACUUUUCCCUUGUUUUAUUGAUAAAAGGAGCAGCCCUCUCUGGGACAGAUACUUACCAGUCUUUGGUCAAUAAAACCUUCGGCUUUCCAGGCUACUGCAUCCUCUCUGUUCUACAGUUUUUUUAUCCUUUUAUAGCUAUGAUAAGUUACAACAUAAUAACUGGAGAUACUUUGAGCAAAGUUUUCCAAAGAAUCCCAGGAGUUGAUCCUGAAAAUUUAUUUAUUGGCCGUCACUUCAUUAUUAUACUCGCCACAGUUGCCUUUACUCUGCCUUUGUCUUUGUAUCGAGAUAUAGCAAAGCUUGGAAAGAUCUCUCUUAUUUCUACAGUUUUAACAACUGUGAUUCUUGGAAUUGUAAUGGCAAGAGUCGUUUCCUUGGGUCCAUACAUACCGAAAACAGAUGAUGCCUGGGUAUUUGCAAAGCCCAACGCCGUUCAGGCUGUCGGUGUGAUGUCGUUUGCCUUUAUUUGCCACCAUAACUCCUUCUUAGUUUAUGGUUCUUUGGAGGACCCCACAGUAGCUGAGUGGUCCCGGGUCAUCCACGUGUCCACGCUGGCUUCUAUGUUCGUCAGUCUUCUCUUUGCUGCAUGUGGCUACUUGACAUUUACUGGCUUCACCCAAGGAGACUUAUUUGAAAAUUAUUGCAGAAAUGAUGACCUGGUAACAUUUGGAAGAUUUUGUUAUGGAGUCACUGUCAUUUUGACAUAUCCAAUUGAAUGUUUUGUAACAAGAGACGUAAUCGCCAGUGUCUUUUUUGGUGGGACACUUUCCUCAGUCUUUCACAUUAUCAUGACAGUGGUCAUCAUCACUGCAGCCACGUUUGUGUCGCUGCUGAUUGACUGCCUUGGAAUCGUUUUAGAACUCAAUGGCGCGCUGUGUGCGGCUCCCCUCAUAUUUAUCGUGCCGUCAGCGUGCUAUCUGAAACUGUCUGAAGAACCAAGGACUCACUCAGAUAAGAUGAUGUCCUGCAUCAUGCUUCCCAUUGGUGCCAUCAUAAUGGCGGCUGGAUUCGUCAUGGCUGUCACCAACCCUCAAGACUGUACCCACGGGCAGGAAAUGUUCUACUGCUUUCCUGGCAAUGCCUCCGUCACUAACAGCUCAAUUUCUCAUUUUCAACUGACAACACAACUUUCAAUUUUGAACAUCAGUAACUUUGAAUGAGUUGCCUGCUUUAAAAACUAUGUAUAUUUUCAUAGACUUCUAUAGUGUAUGACAUUCACACAUGUUUUAGUCUGCAUGUCAUGAAAUUAUUAGUUUGGCAUUUAUUUAGACUUGGUUUUCUUUAUUCUUUAGUCCAGUAUAAAAGAUAAAGAGGAAAAAAAUUACAUGUGUUUUAUUUUAAACUGGGACAAAAUACAUGUUUUGUUUUAAUGAUGGCACUGCAUUAAUCUUAAUUUGCAGAAGGAAAAGUGAAGCCUCUAGCAUUUGCUGCCAUCCUCUCAAAGCAAUAUUCUUUUCUUUAAUGUGUGAGCUGACAUAUUGCACUCCAAAAUAAGUAAGUGAUUGUGGGUUGGAAUUUCGUGGAUGUGUCCUUUAUGAGAAAGAAAUGAUUUUUCUCAAAGUUUAUGGCAUCUAAGGGAAGGAGAAGGAAACUCAUAUUCCAGGAGCAAAGUGAAGGUUUUAUGUAAUUCUAAUUUUAGCCACAUCCCUUGUUUAGAGGGUAGUGAACCCCUGGAGAAAUAAGUACAAUCCUUCUCAUGUUAAGAGGAUGAAUAAUAGGAUGUACAGAGCAAGGUGGGUGAGGAAUCAAAACUGCCUCUCAAGUUUUGAUCCUAUGGGAAUACGACGGUAGUGCUGUUAAAUGAAUUAUAAAGCAGGGAAAAGCCGCAAGCUGUUCUGAGGCACAAGCCCAGGAUAUCAGUUAUGUAUCAUCUUUGGACCUGUUGAAUUUAACCUGCUGGUGGGACUAUGCCCUGGAAACUGAACCUUCAGAUUAGAAGCUUGCAAGAGAAUCAGGGGUACAGACAAGGCAUUCUAACUCUUCCGGGGCUCCACAGAUACACACUUAGGAGCUCUGUUGACAGGAUUAACCAGAAGCAGACACUCAGGUGGAGUUUGGUAUGCAGAGUAUUUAUUAGGGAUAAUAACUAAUGGGAGGAGGGGGAAAGGAAGAUGGGGAGAGUGAAAUGGAACAGGCCCACGAAGCCUCCGUGAGGUCCACAGGGCGUCUGGAGCAUACAUGGUCCAUGUGAGCUGUCCCUGCUGAGGUGAGAUAGCCGAGUUCUGAUACCACCGCCUCCACCAGCUCUUGAAUGUGGGCACCUGUAGAGGAUAUGCCCCUGGGAGAAGCAGCCCUCCGCAGCUGAGCCAACCCUAAA